AACUCAGCAUUGAUUGGUUCUCAGGGCUUCCGGUUCUUCACUGUCUCCCUUGGAUUGGCCAUAAGACAUUCUUCUAGGCACUGAGCCUGCGCGAGGCAGGAGCGAAAGGAGGGGGGCCUCCGAAAAGAUGGCGGCUGCUCCUGCCGGUGUGGGCCGCCUCGAGGAAGAGGCGCUGCGGCGGAAAGAACGGCUGAAGGCCCUUCGGGAGAAAACCGGGCGCAAGGACAGGGAAGAUGGGGAGCCACAGACCAAGCAGCUCAGAGAAGAGGAAGAGGAAGUUGGGAAGCACAGGGGACUCAGGCUCCGGAACUAUGUCCCAGAGGAUGAAGAUCUGAAGAGGAGGCGGGUCCCCCAGGCUAAACCAGUUGCAGUGGAGGAGAAGGUGAAGGAGCAGCUGGAGGCGGCCAAGCCGGAGCCUGUCAUUGAGGAAGUGGACCUGGCCAACCUGGCACCCCGGAAACCUGAUUGGGAUCUCAAGAGAGAUGUGGCCAAGAAGCUGGAGAAGCUAGAAAAGCGGACCCAGAGAGCCAUCGCAGAGCUGAUCCGUGAACGGCUAAAAGGCCAGGAGGACAGCUUGGCCUCCGCAGUGGACGCCACCACCGGACAAGAGGCUUGUGACUCUGACUGAGGUGUUCUCCAUGGGAAGAUAGUCUCCGGCAGGCGUGGGGUUAGGCUGGCCAGCACUUCUGGGUCUUGAGAACUGAGCCAACCUACUGAGUCUCAGCUUCUGUUGGAUGUGACCAGUUCAUCUCCCAAGGGUGCCCACCACCCUGGGUGGCUCAAAGCUGAGAUCUGUACAUAUGUAUGCAAACUGAACUUUUUUUCAACUUCUGGAAAUAAACCUCCAUUUAGUAGAG